GCGUGAAACAGGUGAAAAGAAAAGAUCCUUCUGUAAAUAUUUACAGUACUCCGUAACUUCGUCGAACACCGCGGUGACUUGGAUUCUCUGCUCUCUACUUAAACUCGCUCAUCAAAUUUCUUCUUCCAUUUCUAUUUUUUCAUCAAAAAUCUUUCAAUUUUGGGCUGAAAACAAAAAAUGUGGGGAUUCAAUUUUGAGAAAGUGUAUUUUCCAGUGAUUCUGGUGUUUUUGUUCUUCGCUGCUACAUUUUUUCAAGGGAUUUUUUGUGAACCUCAGAAUCAUGGGUCGUCUGCAAUCGAUUAUACUUCCGUUUUUCGUGUUCAAGGGAACGUUUAUCCUGAUGGGUAUUUUUACACAACCUUAAAUAUAGGCGAACCUCCUAAACCUUAUCAUCUUGAUAUUGAUACUGGCAGUGAUCUCACAUGGGUCCAUUGUGAUGCACCUUGUGUUAAUUGUCCCAAGACUCCUCACAAGCCUUACAAACCACUGAAUAAUGCUAUCACAUGCAAGGAUUCCAUUUGUAGCUUCUUGCAACAUCCUCCGAACUAUCUUUGUCGCAAUCCUAGUGAUCAAUGUGACUAUGAAAUUGAGUAUGCUGAUCAUGGGUCAUCUUUCGGUGUACUAGUCAAGGACAACUUUCCCCUUAAAUUCUUGAAUGGUUCCACUGCACGUACUACACUGGUCUUUGGGUGCGGCUAUGAUCAGGACUUCUCUAAUUCAGCUCAACCUCCUUUUGUGGACGGAGUUCUUGGGCUGGCAAAUGGAAAAUCCAGUAUCCUGUCUCAACUUCACGGAUUAAAAGUGACCAAAAACAUGUUUGGCCAUUGCUUCAGUGAUGAAGGAGGAGGUUACCUUUUCUUUGGGGACAAACUAGUUCCUUCAGGAACCGUUUGGGUACCGAUGCUGAAAAACCGAAUUGGGAACUACUACUCAAUGGGACCUGCAGAGCUACUUUUUAGUGGGAAAAAUGUUGUCAAGGGUGGUCUUUCCUUUGUUCUAGAUAGUGGAAGUACCUUUACUUACCUUAGUAGUCAAGUUUAUGAAGCUGCAUUAUCCAUGAUAAAGAAAAAUAUCAAUCAAAAGCAGCUAAAGAUUGCUCCCGAGGAUAAAACACUUCCAGUGUGUUGGAAAGGUGCAAAACCCUUCAAAUCCAUCAACGAUAUUAAACAAUUUUUCAAGCCUUUGGCAUUAAAAUUCUCAAAGGCGAAUAAUGCAAUGCUGGAAAUGUCACCCGAGUGCUAUCUUAUUGUCAAUAAAAUUGGCAAUGUGUGCUUGGGAAUUUUGAAUGGUGCUGAGGCAGGAUUGGAAAAUCUCAAUAUUCUUGGAGAUAUCUCACUGCUAAACAAAAUGAUGAUUUACAACAACGAUAAAAGCCAGAUUGGAUGGGCAACCGCAAACUGUGACAGGCUUCCAAACUUGGAUCGAGAUAAUGACAUACAUUUUUAUCGAUCGGAGCACGGCUAUGAUGAGCUAUAGCAUGAUCCUGGAAGUUUACAACACCACCAACAGAUGACGUAGUUGUUCAGUAGUGAAGAUGGUACAUAGACAUAAAUUGUUCGACAUAUUAUGUAAUCUUCGGCUUUGUUUUCAUGUAAAUGACAAGGUACAUAAUCAUAUGGACAAACUAUUAUAAAUAUUAUACCAGAAAUCCGCCUUACUGAAAUAGUGGUUGCUCUGCAUCCUGAUUUUUUUUUUUUUGGACAUAGGACUCUGCAUCCUGAUUGAUGUCAUGAUAAGUGUAAAUUUUAUUUGAACUGUAACUAUAUUACCCUACUAUAAUAGAUGAAGAUUAU